AUGGAUAUGCACGCUUUAUCGCAACUUCUGGUAAAUCUGCAGUCGACGGAAAACACAGUUCGAUCCUCAGCCGAAGAAGAAUACAACAAUAUUCCCGCAGAGACACGAACCCUUGCUCUCUGCACACUUCUUGGACAUGAACCCGCUGUGGAGGUAUUUUUUUAAAUUUUUAUUCUGGUUGUUAUCAUUUCUGUUGCAGAUUCAAACAAUGGCGCUUGUUCUUCUGAGACGGAUAUUUAGUCGAGAAUUCGAAGAAAUGUGGAGCAAAAUCAAAGAUAACGAUCAGGAGGCUAUUCUUCGGCAGGUAGAAAUAUUUUCCCAAUAGUUUCGAAAUCAAUGAGUCACCUCAUUUUUAUAUUGAUUUGCACUGUAUGUUGUUUACAGUUCCUUGAAAGAGCCGCAAACGUUCAAGAUGACUCCAUUCGGGCAAAAUACAUUGACGUGAUUUCUCAAAUAGCGCAUGAAACGAUUGGUCUGAUCUUUCUCAGGAGUUCGAAACAGGAAGCUGAAAGUUUUAGAUGAAGAAUCGGGAACUCAGAGAUGGACUGGUGUCCUCGAGUUUUUGUCCCAUUGCAGUCAGUCAGAAAAUCCUAGCUUAAAAGUCGCCGCAAUGAUUCUCAUUGAGUAAGUCGCUUUAUCUCAAAUUGAGAAAAACUUUUUUAAUGUGAAUUUUUUUCAGAAACACUCCAUACGUUUUCGGUUCCGGACAAAUGGAAAAAUUCGUUAUUCCUAUGAAGGUUUUGAAAAAGAUUCAACGAGAAAUUGAACUUUUUUUUGCAGAAAAUGUUUGAUGAGUGCUUGAAAAACCCGUCAUCUAAAGUACGAUCAGCUGCUGUGAAGGCCGUCGUUUCUUUCUUGACGGAAAACGAUGAAGACGACAAGAUUGUAAAGCAAAUGCAACCACUUAUCGGCCCGGUCGUUGCGGUACGUUAUCUUAUCAAGAACACUUUAGAAAUGGUUUUGAUUGGAAAAACUUAUAAAUGUGUAAAAAAACGAUUUAAACUCAGUUCUUGCUGGAAACGACAAUGACUUCAGUUUUAUGCUUAGAUCGUCUUCCAAAAGAGCAUGCAUAUCAGCUGAGCAUUUUCAGGUCUGUCAGCACAUCGCAGAAACCGAGGAAGAUGAUGAUGGUCCUCUUCAAGGCCUUGCUGAUCUUGCCGCCACAAUUCCGAAAGUUAUCACAGCAAAUCUAACGAACGUCAUGCAAAUGUGCCUUUCGGUUCGCCAAAAAUGCGAAUUUCUGAUUUACGAUUGUGUUUAGAUUGUGACUGACGAAAACAAAAACGACACAUACCGUCAUGUUGCCUUGGAAGUCAUCACGUCUUACAUUGAGACUGCUCCAAAAUCUUUCAAGAAACACUCCGCAACUUAUCUUCCAAAAAUCAGUUCGUUUCGAAAAAUCCGAGCUGAGAAAUAAAACUAAAAAAUAUUUAAAAUCAACGUUCUCGCGGGUCCAAACUGGUUUUUUUUUUCCUGAAAAAACAGUCAAAUAUUAUAAAUAUUAAAAGAAGGCCAAUUGCAAAAAUUCUCUAUGGCUUAUACACAGUUGCUAAAAAUUGAAUUUUCAAAAAGAAUGAAAUUUGGCAAUUUCCAGUCGAAAGCUGCUUGAAAAUGAUGACUUCUCUCGAUGACGAUAUUCAAGAGUGGGCCGAGAAAACGGAUGAUGAAAAUGAAGACGAAGAGUUAGUUUUGAAAUCAGAAACUUUGAAAUGAAUGAAAGUUUCAAGAAAUGCCACCAUCGGCGAGAGCUCUCUUGAUCGCAUUUCUUGCGCUCUCAACGGAAAAACUCUUCUGCCUCUUUUCGUACCAGUUGUUGAAGGAUUCCUGUCUAUUCGUGAGCUUCAAAUAACAAUUAUACCAACAUAUUUUGGCUUUCAGAAAAGUGGGAGUUUAAGCACGCAGCUUUGAUGGCUUUCUCCGCAAUUGGCGAAGGAAGUCAAAGAGCCAUGGAGCCUAACAUUGCCCGAUACAUGGAGCACAUAUGCAAAUACGCUGGAGACGAGGUAGAGAAAAUAUCAUCACCGAGAUUAACAUCAAUACGCAGCAUCCGCGUGUUCGCUACGCCAUGUGCAAUGCGAUCGGACAGAUGAGCUCGGACUUCGCCCCGACACUCCAGAAGAAGUGCCAUGCAAUGGUAUGUCUGAUCUUUGCUCUGCUGCGCAGUCAUUAGUCGAGGAGAUGAGAGGAGUCAUCACACUCAAUUAUCUAUCUAAGUCACAAAAAGUGGCAUUUUUGUACGCGGUCAUGACGUGAGACAAUAACUGAUGAGAUGAAAAUCUCAAAGCUAUUGUAUUUUUUAUCCAAAAAAUCGAAUGCGUGUUUUCCAACACAUGAAAUCGCAAUGAUCUUUAGGUAGUGCCAGCCCUGCUGCAAUGCCUCGGAAACCUGGAUUGUCCUCGAGUAGCCGCGCACGCGGCUGCUGCACUCAUCAACUUCUGCGAAGAGUGCCCACAGAACGUAAGCACGAAAAUAAUUGAAGUCGAGAACGAAUGUUGAUUCAAUUUAGGUCAUGUCAGGAUAUUUGCCAACAAUCAUGCAGAGUUUGGAAAAGACACUGGCGGCCACUCUUGAUGGCCUACAGAACUCCAAGAACAAGCAUAUCGUCGAACAAGUAGGAAAUAAAUAAAAAGCAGAACUUAUAAAAGUAAUCAAAAGGAUUUCUUCUAUAGCUGAUUCACGUCUAGCCUGGGACGCUAAGGGGGCGUGGCCUGUCUGUGCUCUCCACGAGCCAGUCACUAUCUCUUGCAUUAUCGUGUUUUUGAUGGCUCAAGUCAGCCGUGAAUCAGCUAUAAUCCCAAUGUAUGAUUUAUUUUCAAAAAAAGUUUUUCUUUUUUUAAAAGCACUUUCGCAUAAAAAAAUUUACAAACCUUCCGAAAUUUCACAGACAAUUUCUAAAUGGUGUUCAUAUAAGUUUCACGAAAAUUCUAAAAUUUUUUUUGCUUUUGGAAAUAUACAUUUGUAGCAAGUAAAGCCAACCGAAUACUUUUGAAAAUGAUCGAAAAAAAUCUUAUCUGUUCAAAAAAUGUUUACAGGUUGUAACGGCAAUCGCAUCUGUAGCUGAAGCUGCUCAAGAACAGUUCAAGUCGUACUACUUCCGAUUAAUGCCUCCUCUAGUCUACGUGCUCGAUAAUUCGAAUGUCGAUGAAUACAAAGAGUUGAGAGGAAAAACUAUCGAGUGCAUCUCACUUAUCGGAACCGCCGUCGGCAAGGAAAUGUUCCUGAAUGACGCCAUCAACAUCAUGAAUAGCCUGAGCGCCCAAAUGGGAAACCUUUCGGUGGAAGAUCCUCAGUGCAGCUACAUGAUCAGCAGUUGGACUCGCUUCUGCACGGUCUUGGGUCCAGAUUUCGCACCUUUCCUUCCGAUGAUCAUGGGUCCUAUCCUUCGGGCUGCAACCUUUUCUUUGGAAUACGCUGUUGUUGACGGUAAUUUUUAAUUCUCAAAAUUUUUUUGAUAUUUUUUGGUUGUCGUGCAAGCGUCUUUUUUUUCAGAUCAGGAAAAACAAAAUGAUCCGUCGUGGUCUUAUCACUCGAUUGGUGAUGAUCAAAACUUUGGUAUCCGAACUGCCGGAUUGGAGGAAAAAGUCACGGCCUGCGAUAUGCUUGUGUGCUACGCUCGUCAAAUGAAAGGUUCGUUUGAAGAGAAGAGUCAAUUAUGGCUUUUAGAAGCUGCCAAGACCAUCUUAAAAAAAGAAGGAAAUUCCUCAAUUCUGUUCUGCAACAUUGAUUUCAAUGCGUUGUUUAGAAAAUUUCAUCCCAUGGGUGCCUGAGGUUGCGGAGCUGGCGCUGAAGAACUUGGACUUCGUUUUUCACGACAGUGUUCGUCAGGCAGCUGCUGACGUGAUGCCGUGUCUCAUUCUCUGCGUCAAACCACACGUAAGAAAACCAACGAACAUUGGCUACAUAUUGAAGAAACGUGUUUAGGGAGUGGCUCAGAUGCGUAACUUGUCGAGUAAGUUCAUCCCAGCUUUAUGUGAGGCCAUCGACAAGGAGCUUGAUUUGGAAGUGAAGGCUGAGCAUUUGAGCUCGCUGUCCAGCAUUGUCGAUGCUCUCGAGACCGAUGUGAGUUUUUGAUGAUUUUUCGAGAAAAAAAUUUUACUUUCUAGGGUCUUGUAAGUGAAGACGUUGAGCGAAUCGUUGACCUUACUAAUCGGCAAAUGAAAAUCUACCUUGAAAAGAAGAAGGAUAUGGAAGAAAAUGAAGACGAAGAGGUAAUAUUAUUUUUUCUACUGUUUACACAACAUUUUUCUUUUAGGAAGGUGACGAAGCUAAAGAAGACCUCGAUGAAGAAAUGGAGAUGCUUUCGGGCUACAUUAGCAGAAUUUCUGAAGUCAUCCACAGCAUUCUCAAGGUUAGAAAUGAAAAUCCUUGAAAACAUCAUUCAACUUUUUAGGAAACUCAUGGAGCUGUCUUCUCGAACCUCAUCGAGUGCUUCGAAGUUGCCAGCCGAAUGAGCUCUUCAAAGCACUUUUUCGAGCGCCAGUGGGGGCUCUGCAUCAUGGACGAUGCCAUUGAGUUUGUCAACGCUGUGAGAAGAUUUGGAAAAGCUCGCAAAUCAUCUCAUUUUUUAGCUUGUCAUUGAAAAGUUCCCGGACCUCCUCAGCUCACUGACUCAAUCGCUCAAGGACGAAUAUCCAGAAGUGAGGCAAGCCGCAGCCUAUGGAAUCGGGAUUAUGGCUCUUCGUAGUCAACAAGCUGGUCUUGAAAUCUACAGACAGAUGUCUGCCAGCUGUCUUCCUUAUCUUGUUGAGAUGAUUCACAGGUAAUCGAUGGAAUCAAUUUUGAGUCAUUCUACAAAUCAUUUUUUUCAGAGCCGAUGCGCGAGCAACGGAGGAAGGUUCGGUGGCUACUGAGAACGCUAUUGCUGCCUUUGCAAAGAUUAUGCGGAAUGGCACUAACGAAUACGACCUUGACAACGUAAACUAAUUUGAAUUUUAUGAUUGUAAAAUCUUUUCUUUUAGAUAAUCCCAAUGUUCAUGAGCUGGCUGCCAACUCACGAAGACCAGCAGGAGUCGGUGUACAUCUACGGUUAUUUCUGCGACCUUUUCGAUGCCCAGGUUCCCGUAUUCUUUGGCAAAUUCAACGAGCACAUGCCAAGAAUUCUGAAUAUUGGUUAGUGGAAAACUUCAAAACUAUCUGAUGAAAUAAUGAGAUAUUCAGCCCUGUCCGCAAUUGAGCUCGACGCUUUCGAAGACUCGACAGAAGGUCAACAGAUCAAAGACCGCGUCGCCGCGUGCGUCAAGAAGAUGUUUAGCAAUGGCGACGAGACCUUUUUCACCAGUCUCAUGAAAGCCGCUGAGCUCGACGAAGCAAAAACUGAAAUACUCAAGUCUAUUAUUUCUCCCUAA